AUGCCAACUCGCGACGAGUUCCUCGACACCGGCCUGCAACCAGUCUCCAACCCAGCCGAAGGCGUCCACUGCCCAAUUUGCGACGAGGACCCGCCCGUCAACCUCAUCCGCCUCCCAUGCCACGAAACCCACAUCUACUGCCAACCAUGUGCCGUGCAGUGGCUGCAGCAACGUGGAGUUAAUACUUGCCCUCACUGUAGGACAGCUCUUUUCGACUUGCCUCCUGAGGAGUUGGUUUCGGAGAAUGAAGAGGAUGGGGAGAUUGUUGAUGAGGACGAGGAUGAGGAUGAGGUGGUAGAUAUGGAGGACGAGGACAUUUGGGAAUACGAGGACGAGGAUGAGGAUGACAAUGGGAGUCUCGCUGGCGGAUACUAUGCUGGUGACGAGGAGGAGGAAGGCGAUGAGCCAGAUGAAGCCGACGAUGCAGGUGGAGAAGCGUUGCGCGAGGACAUAUUGGCCGAAAUCCGUGGAAUGCGAGAGAGAUGUUUUGGUCCUGGCGUCGAUCAUGAUCGUCUAGAUCGCGAGCUGUUGGCGAGGGUCGAAGCAAACAGAGACGGUGAGGACCUCUUAGAUGACGACGAUGAGAACGACGAUACGGAUCGCGAGUCUUCGUCGUUAAGUCAUGAAGUGCAGAGGCGUCGUCGUCAACUGCGUAUUGAUUCUGGCGAUUUGCGUGAGCAGCUGCUGGCUACGGAGGAGGAACGAUCGAGAAGCCCGCCACGUUCUACAUCCGGCGAUGAUGAGCAAGAAGAGGAAGGCGCCGCUAGUGACUUGGCUGCCCCGGCCGCCCAUGGCUCGAAUUCAGGUGAUGGCGAGCUUUUGGACCAGGAUUGGGAGAAACGAGCUUACCUGGCUGAUGUCGAGUCCGAAUGA